CAGCGAGCCAUCGGCCCAGGGACAGAUGGGUCGGCAGGCCACCGACCAGACCACGCAGUCCAACGUCCGGACCUUCCGCUAUCUGUCCUCUCCGCCCCGGCUAACACCAGCACCAGCACCACCAUCAAAUAAAAUAAGAAGUAAUAAAAAAAGAACAAUCCUGGAAAAACGACAUCAGGUGGAAGCGGUUAGAUACAUCUCCCACCUUUAGGAUGCAGGACGGGAGUUGGACUCAGCCCCUCCCAUCUCUGCUGCAGAAGGACCAUGCAGGGGGCGGGGCUUCUGACCUGGACGGGGGCGUGUUUUCUGAGGCGUCCUCCGACGGGGACCUCUACCUGGACCCUCCGUGCCAGCUGGACGCCGAUGACGGGGACUUCGCCGACCUGACCGCCUUCCUCAGCGCGGAUGAGAUCAACCUCAGUCUGGAUCUGGCCCGAGAGGCCUUCGGAGAUGAGCCUGAAACGUCCCCCAAACCCACGCAAGAGGAGCCGGUUCUCCACUCCAUCCCCUCGCCCCCCCCGGUCCCCCCACUCCCCUCCAUGCCCAAGUUUUCAACACCCACCUCACCCCCCGACCACCAGACCAAAGCCUUCCUUCAGGAUACCUCUGCUAUGGCCUCCGCCAGCCAGAAUAUGCUCUUCAGCAUGACAACACCUACCUCCGGUGAGACGCCGCCUCAGCCCUCGGCAGAGAGGUUUGUGUGCCACAGGUCCAUCGCGCCGGUGUACAAGCAGGAUGGGCCCCGGCUGCUCCACCAGGGCCUCGAGCUCAGCGACCGCGUGCCCUCGGCCACGGAGUUCUGCAGCCGAGCCGCGUCCUUCAUCGAGGAGCUGUCCUCGCUGUUCAAAGGCGCCCCCGGUCGCCCCGAGCAACCGCUGGGCGAGGAGGACUCGUCCUCCCCGGACAGCGGAUACCUGUCGCCGAGGAGCCAGCGGAUGCCACCGGUGGGUGCCGUCUCUGUCCUGCCCCAGCCCCCUCAGCCCCCUCAGCCCCCUCUGCCCCCCCAGCCACCCUCCACCGCCGGGGGAGGCAUGGAGCAACAGGGACCCCCGGGCUCAGCUGAGCCUGUGGGGUACCAGACCUCUGGGGGGGGUCAGAACCAGAACGGAGCCCUGUCGCCACCUGUCUUCACCCAGAAGCUGAAGAGCCAGGAGGUGUCAGAGGGAAGCCCCAUUCAGCUGGAGUGUCGAGUCGGGGGAAACCCACUGCCCUUAGUUCGGUGGUUCUGUGAGGGGCGGGAGCUGCACCACUCUCCUGACAUCCACAUCUGGAGGGAUGGGGACCUGCACACGCUGGUGAUCGCCGAGGCCUUUGAGGACGAUACGGGCCGCUACACCUGUGUGGCCUCCAACAGCCUGGGAGCCGACAACACCUCCGCAGAGGUUUACAUCGAAGGAGCCUCCUCAUCGGAUUCCGACAGCGAAGGUACCAAAACCCGAUCAGGAGCCAUGCCUCAGGUGCAGAAGAAGACCACCUCCAUGUCCCUUACCAUUCGCUCUGCUUCACCCAAGGCCCCCGACGUUCUGCCCCACCGUGCCGCACUGGUGCAGGCCAUGUCCCCGCCUAUGCAGGGUCCCACGUCUUCUCAGAACCAGGGAGAACUUCUCCACUGUGCUCCUCCUGUCUUCACUAAGCUCCUGCAGGACACGCAGGCCUCCGAGGGCCAGGUGGUGGUCCUCGAGGGCCGGGUUCGGGGCAGCCCGCCGCUGCAUGUCAGCUGGUACCGCAGCGGUGAGGAGAUCCUCGACUCGCCGGACUUCCGUAUCCUCCAGAAAAAACCUCGAUCUGCAGCUGAGCCAGAGGAGAUCUGCACACUGGUGAUAGCGGAAGCCUUUCCAGAGGAUGGGGGUCGUUUCUGUUGUUCGGCAACUAACCUGUUUGGCAACGUUAGCAGCACGGCCCAACUCACCGUUACCGCAGCUUCUGAGGACCCCUUUAGAGACCGCAUGGGGAUGGAGGAGGUUGCCUCCUUCCCACCUCCCCCUUCUCCCCCCACCGAGAUCAGCCUCCUGGAUCUGCCCCCCAAGACCCCCCAAUCCAGCACCGACCGUUUCCACGUCAACGAGUUUGAGAUCUGGCCCAGGGUGUCGACACUGCCGCACGUCCAGACGGACCCCAACCAGGGGGCCGCGGGGGGGCUGCGAGGGACUCUGCAGAACGGCCAGCCAGCGGGUCCGCCGGCUACGCCCAGACAGCCGCUCCCUCCUCCUCCACCACCUCUACCUCCUCCGUACUCUGAGAUGGCCUCCUUUCCUCCUGCUCCUGCUCCGACUCAGGAUACCUAUCAUGCCCGGGCCAUGACGUCUCCGUCCCCCGUAAAGGAGGCUCCGCCACUGCCCACGAAACCCAAGCUAGUGGAGAGUAGAGAGGAGGAGACAGGAGGCACCAGGAACGCUGCCCAGCUCAAACAGCUGCAAGAGCAGAUCCUCCUGGAACAGCAGGAAGCAGACAAUUGGCAGCAGCAACAGGAAGUCCCGCCUCCGGCGCAGCAGCAGCAUCCACCACAGGAAGCACCUCCUCCACCUGCGCCGCCGUCCCCGCCGCUGCCCCCUCCUCCGUCCAACCAGGAGUUAGAGACCAGCGCUACCAUGCAGACCAGCACCUUCAACUACGCCCGGCCAAAGCAGUUCAUCGCCGCCCAGGUCCCCGGGGCCGGCGGGCCCCUGGGCACCAGCGGGCCCCUCGGGGGGGGCUACGUCACCCAGUCCUCGAGCUCCUCCACCUCCAGCGUCUCCUCCCCCAUGUCUCCCCUCCCCUCCAACAAGCCAUUCAGCAGAGUCACCCUGCCUCCCUUCACCAAGACCUCCAGCCUGGACUCCCCCGUCUCCCCCUCCUUCCCCCCGCCCCCUCCUCCCUUCUUCAGCUCCUCCAGUGGCUUGUCCUCCCCCUCGAGCUCCGCCAACGACUUCCCCCCUCCCCCACCUCCCCCUCCUCCCCCUCCUCCCCCCUGCCUGCCCUCCCCUCCCACCUCCUCCCCGGCCCGCUCCAACACCUCCUCUCCUUUCAGCUCCGUGCCCCCCUCCCCGGCCUCCAGCUACCUGUCCUCCAUGCUUCCCUCCAGCCCCUCCAGUCCCCGGACCCCGUCCAGCCCGGUGGUCAACGCCAUGGGGCUGCCCAGGGGCAACAGCACCGUCAGGGCGUUGCCAAGGAAACCCUCCCUGAACAGGACCCCGCGGGCGACCUCGGACUCGGACAUCCAGGGCUCCAAAGACGCCGUGAUCCAGGACCUGGAGAGGAAGCUGCGCUUCAAGGAGGAACGCCUCAGCAAUGGCCAACAGAGGUUAACCUAUGAGGAGAAGAUGGCACGUCGCCUGCUGGGGGCCGACAACGCUGCCAGUGUCUUAAACACGCAAGAAACAGAGGAGGAGACCCCAACGCAGGAGUACAAGGUAUCCAGCUUCGAGCAGCGUCUGAUCAGUGAGAUCGAGUUCCGUCUGGAGCGCUCGCCGGUGGAGGAGUCGGACGACGACGUGCAGCACGACGAAGACGCGGAUGGCACAGGGGCCCCGCCCUCCUAUGCUCACAAGCUGAAGCACCUCAAGGUGUUCGAGGGCAUGCCCGUUACCUUCACCUGCAAGGUCCACGGAGACCCCAAACCUAAGAUUUACUGGUUUAAAGACGGCAAGCAGAUCUCCAAGAGGAGCGAACACUACCGGAUCAGCCGCGAGGCGGACGGAACCUGUUCCCUGCACACCGCUGCCGCCCUGCUGGACGAUGACGGCAACUACACCAUCAUGGCUGCCAACCCACAGGGGAAAAUGAGCUGCACUGGCAGGAUGAUGGUUCAGGCAGUGAACCAGAGGGGGCGGAGCCAACGCUCCACUCCUGGACACAGCCGCAGGCCUAGGUCCAGGUCACGUGACAGCGGUGAUGAGAACGAGAACAUCCAGGAGCGCCACUUCCGCCCCCACUUCCUGCAGGCACCAGGUGACCUCAUCGUCCAGGAGGGCCGUCUCUGUCGCAUGGACUGCAAGGUGAGUGGCUUGCCCACACCCGACCUUCUCUGGCAGCUCAACGGGCAGACCAUCCGCCCAGACUCCGCCCACAAGAUGCUGGUCAGGGAGAACGGCGUCCACUCGCUGGUGGUCGAGCCUGUGUCAAGCCGCGACGCCGGCAUCUACACCUGCAUCGCCAGUAACCGGGCGGGACAGAACUCCUUCAACCUGGAGCUCAUUGUCGCAGCCAAAGAGAUGCACAAGGCCCCAUCCUUCGUGGAGAAGCUGCAGAACACCAGCGUUGCCGAGGGUUACCCCGUACGUCUGGAGUGUCGGGUCACCGCCGUGCCCUUCCCACAGAUCUUCUGGAAGAGGGAGAACGAGUCCCUCACACAUAACACAGAGAGAGUGAGCAUGCACCAGGACAACUGUGGCUACCUGUGUAUGAUCAUCCAGCCGGCCAUGAAGGAGGACGCCGGCUGGUACACAGUCUCAGCCAAGAACGAGGCGGGCAUCGUGUCCACCACCGCACGUCUGGACGUCAACACUCCAUGGCAACAGCCCAACCAGCCCAAGCCCAGGAAGGUGCGUCCGUCGACUAGCCGCUACGCAGCACUGACGGAGCGGGGGCUGGACGUGAAGGCCGCCUUUUUCCCUGAUGCCGGCCAACUGGCCCCCGGGGCGCUGGUGGAGAGCGACGACCUGUAGAGAGACCAUCCCUAACCCUCACCCCUGACCCCUUCCCGCCUCCCAACACACCGUGACUGAUACUUUAGCAGCCAAUGGACGGACAAUGGGACACGGUCACAGAACCCCCCCCCCCCCCCCCCCCUCACCUUACCCUGCAACAUAGCCCAUAAUAACUCAUAUUCAAAUGUGUUAUAGUCUGGCACAGCGCCCCGGAAACACCACUGAAGAAGACCUCUUUCUGUCUGACUAAACGUUAACUUUUAAAUAACGUUAUUGAAACGUCGAGUGGACUGUACAGUAGACACCAUUGAAAUGUCACCUGCCUGGUGACACAACACAAGGUUUUGGAGUAAUAACAAAUCAUUAUUAUGCAUGUUUAUGUGGUGCCAUAUUUUACAUUGACUUUUACGUUACAAAUGUCUCCCACAAACUGUAAGGGAUUGGACAACUGCAGAGGAAAAGACAACUCUGGGUUCAUCCAGAGGUAGAGGGAUUGGACGAUUCAAAGUGGAAUAGGUUCAGUUGUUGGUGCACUUUGUUGCAUAAAAACACACACAAAAUGGUGUGGUUAUGUUUGUCUCCGUGCUGCAGUCCGUCCAGGUGUACGUAGCGCGGUGAUGAUGUAGAUACACAACUUCAACUUGCGAAUGUUGUCAGGUUAAAGCACAAUGUUUCAGAUGCUUCACAAGGCCGGGCCUAAGUUUCUUCUUCUUGCAUUGUUUUUGUAUUUGAUUAGCAAUGAUGUUUUUAAGUAGGCCUAUGUAAGCUUUCUGUUGAUUGGUGAAAGGAUACUCAAAGCAAAGACCAGAAGUAGAAUGUGAUAAAAGUAACGUAUUGGAAUCGACAUCAUGAGGUAAGAGGUUUGGCAAGGGAAAGUCGAUGUCGGAAUUGAAACGGGGAUGAUGGUGAUGAUUGUUUUGAAGGGUUAAUGGUUGAACCCAUAAGUGCGAAUUUCAAUGAAUGUGAAAGGCUUUGCGACAUAUGUGCAUCAUAAACGCAUUAUAACCUUUUUUAUUUGUAUGUGGCCUACUUUAUUUAGGUCUACUUUCACAAACCUUAAUUUAUCCUGUCUUCUCAAAUGUUCAAUUAUAAAACAAUGUUGCAUUGUGAAAUGAAAUAUAUAUAUAUAUAUAUAUAUAUAUAUAUAUAUAUAUAUAUAUAUAUAUAUAUAUAUAUAUAUAUAUAUUUAUUAACAAUUAUAACCGUGCAAACACUUUUAAGCUUAAUGCAAGAAGUUAUUUUUUGACACUGGUUUGCUUCAAAAUUUCACAAAUAUUUCGAUACUUCAAACGCAAGAGCAGAGUUUUAGUUAAAAUGUCAUACAUCUAAGAUCUGGGACACACCGAUGUAGGUUUACGAAUUACUAUACCGAUCUGUGCCUGUAUUUGGAUUGUUAUUUUGCCAUCUAUUGUAGUUUAUGGAAAAAUCCAUUAAAAAACAAUAAACGUGAGACUGCCUGUGAUCAUUCAUGACCAAAUCCGAGCCUGUAAAGACACGUAGUGCUGUGACGCCAUAGGGCGCUCCGUUGGGAGUAUUGGGGAUGAAAAUUGGUCAUUCUGCUUGUGCACAAGUUUUUCCCAUCACAGCAAAUCCAGCUGAGUUAAUUAUGUUGAUCGAAGUACAAUACGUUGGGUAUAAUAGAGUUCUUUAACAGGCCAAGACAUGUUUGUCCGUCCCAUUCACGGAAAAUCCAGCUUUGUUUGUUCUGUUGAUCAAAGCUGAAAACUUCUGGUUAAAUAAAGGUCUAUACAGGCCAGGACACGCAGUGUAGAUUGCUGUCGUACGCUGGCUGGACAGUGAUGCCGAAUUAUUAAAAGCGGUGUGCUUCAAACAAAGGUCUCCGCUGCCUCCUAGUGCAAAAGAUGGGAACACGACUGCUCUUCAUCUGUUCCAAUCACUCAAUUGGUGACCUUUUGAUAAUGGCUUAACUAUUAGCCUCUGGUUCAACUGGUGUCCAUUUCAAACGUCUGGUCAGCAUUUUUCCCGACUGAUCUUAUUUUAUACUAAUUUCAAUGCAAUGUCAAUGCAAAUGCAUAUUAGUCAGUAUUCAUUAAUGACAUGAAUAGGCAUUUUGUGCCUAACAUUAAAUAUCCCUUUACUGGUAGUUCAAAUGUAGCCAAACUGCAAAAGACAAAAACAUUUGGGCAUCAAACAAGGUUCAGAAAUAAUUAUUUUAUAUAUAUUUAUCAAUAUAUAUAUAUAACAGUAUGACAGCAUAUUUGGAAUUUAAAUAUUGCGUACAAUUUCUUCACAAUAAAUAUUUUAAAUAAAAAUUCUUUAAUACUUUCUGUAGAUUAGGUAUACAUUUUCUACAGCUUCUAACCAUUGCAUGGCCAAAAGUCAGGCACGGUUUCAAAUAUUAAGCCGGGUUUGACAAAACAAUUGACUCGUCUGAAAUAGUAAUACAGUAAUUAAUUGCAUCUAAUUCUGCAUGGACGGAUGUUGAAUGAAUGAUUAAUGCAUUAAUUUGUUUAAAAAAAAAAGUAGCUUUAACUGGGAAUUCAGUUACCUUGGCAGUGGAGAGUGCUUUACUGAAUAAAGUCUAGCUAGCAGUUGGUAAGUGUUAGGUUGUCAUCUGAUCGACCGAGUACAACCCCAGUUUCUGACCUGAGACCUGAUAUCUUUAAGUUGCUGGGGGCUAAGUCACUAUGUGAGGUUCCUUUAACACCAGAUGUCAUUCAUUCAUUGAGUGUAAAAUUAGACAUUCUUGCUGGUCAUUGAAUCAACCACCACUGGGCUUGAUGUCUUAAACUUCAGCAAAAACAUAAUUAAAACAUAUUGACUUAAUGACAAUAACUGACCCACAGAUCCUCUCCCCUCUUAGUGGUUCAAUAAUCUUUAUGUCCGACACUUUGUCCGGCAGAAUAACCUAUCCAGUAAAUAGGUCAAUAACUAGCUCAGUUCUUGUCUAUUCUUCCUCAUUGACAAUCUCAUAGCUGCCCUUCUGCAGGUCGAUUACUGCUUUGUUACCUCACUUCCUGUCUGGGAAACAAAGACAGGAAGUGUAUUGUACGGGUGAACAGAAACCAAAAGAGUGUUCAUCUUCAUGAGGAAUAUUGGAUUAUUGCUCUAAACUUCCUGCUCCUGUGGCUUGGUUGAGUCAACAGUUUGAGGGUCCUCCUGGUGUAUGUCCGGGGUACUACAGUCUGAAACCGACACAGCCUGCGGCCUGUCGUCCUGGCAACAUCAACAACAAACCCAAACUAUUAGUUUAGGUACUCAUGCUACAUAAAGUACAGACUGUUAACCAUUGUUAACCGAUGUGCCUAAAGUACAGUAGCCUAAUGCUCCGGAUUGUUUUACAGAAA